CUUCGGCAUUGAUUUCAUUAAAAUAUGUAGUUGUAGUAGUAUUAAGGUUUUUGUGUCUUGUAAACGCGUAUAAUCAGCUUUAUUUAGAGGAAUGAUUAGCGCCAGAGGGAAAUCAGUUGCUGUAAUCAAUUUGUGUCAUGCGCCCAGGCUUCGAGUACAAAGUUUAUUUGUGUCGAUAUGGAGUAUCAUAAAUAAUACUAAGUCGAGUGUUAAGAUGGCAACGGACAUCAAGUUUAACGCGUCGCUCAGUCGCACGGAUCCGCAGGUGCAGCCGGUGUUAAUUAUCGGCCAGUUGCGCCAUUUGAAUCUGUUGAAGUUUAGCCAGCUGGCUGGCAAAUUGGAGCCGCGCGUCAAUGAGGAGACAUUUAAGAAUGCCAUCGCCUGCCUGCAUCCGGCGCCAACGGAUAAGUGUUCGCUCUAUCUGGAUGUGGCUACAGUCGCCGCAUUGCCAUUGAAGGCGUCGAGACAUAAUACCGGCUCGCGGGCUCAUUCGAUAACGCGUCUGGUUAAGAACCAUGUGCUCAACGUGAACGAGGAGAGUGUUGUGCUCGUUUGCGAACGCGAGAACCUCUUUGCCAGCGCGUGUGCUGUGGUGCGUGCUUUCCCCCUUUACUCGCGCAAAACGGGCAAUGGCAACGGUGCCAAGUCGCCAAAUAGUGAUGGUGGCGAUGGCCACGCAUUACGCUCUGUGGUCAAUGUGGAAUUUGUUAUCAUUGAUAAGGAUGGUGGCGUGGAGAAGGAUCCUCUCAGCCAGGACGACCUCAAUUGCCUGAACGAGACGGCUCGUGCCAUACGCCAUGCUGCACGCAUUGUGGACACGCCCUGCAACGAGAUGAAUGUAGAUCACUUUAUUGAAAAUAUCAGCGAGUUUGCCAAAGAGCUCUCCCUCCAGCCUCAAAUCAUACGCGGCGAGGAGCUGCAGGAGCGCGGCUUUGGCGGCAUCUAUGGCGUUGGCAAGGCGGCAGCUGUGCCGCCAGCUCUGGUUGUGCUCUCGCAUGAGCCAAAGGGCGCACAGGAAACGAUUGCACUCGUUGGCAAAGGCAUUGUAUAUGAUACUGGUGGCCUGAGCAUCAAGGGCAAAACAGCCAUGCCGGGCAUGAAACGAGACUGCGGCGGUGCAGCAGCUAUUCUGGGUGCCUUUUAUGCGGCCGUUAAAUGCGGCUUCAGGGAUAACCUGCAUGCCGUCUUCUGUUUGGCCGAAAAUUCGGUGGGUCCAAAUGCGACGCGUCCCGAUGAUAUACACACCUUGUACUCUGGCCGCACUGUGGAAAUCAACAAUACGGAUGCCGAGGGUCGUCUGGUGCUUGCCGAUGGCGUUUGCUUUGCCAACAAGGAUCUCAAGGCGAACAUUAUACUUGAUAUGGCCACGCUAACGGGCGCUCAAGGUGUUGCCACGGGCAAGUAUCAUGGCGCCAUAUUGACAAACUCGGAGCCAUGGGAAUCAAAGGCAUUGCAGGCCGGACGCAAAUCCGGCGAUUUAUUGGCGCCCAUUAUUUAUUGCCCCGAAUUGCAUUUCUCCGAAUUUGCAUCGGCCAUUGCUGAUAUGAAAAACUCUGUUGCGGAUCGUCAGAAUGCACAGUCCUCUUGCGCCGGUCUCUUUGUGGCGGCUCAUUUGGGCUUCGAUUAUCCCGGCGUUUGGAUGCACGUUGACAUGGCUACGCCCGUCAAUUGUGGUGAGCGUGCUACGGGCUAUGGCGUCGCCCUGUUGCUAACGCUCUUUGGCAGCCACACGAGCUGCGGCCUGUUGCAGUCGAUUGCGCCAGGCGACGAGGAGCCGCCAUCGAAGCGUAUUUGCCGCGAUUAGCAGCCGCGUGCAACAAUCGCAUUGCUGUGAAGUCGAGCGUUUUGCAUUUCAAUCAAGUUAAUACACACACACACACCUACUCACACUCAGUUAUAUACAUAUUCACAGAUGAAGAACAUGUAUGCGUUAAAGUCGAAAUAAGUUGAAAAGCCAAUUGAAUAAGCUGCCAGGCAAUAAAAUGAAUUAAAACGAAA